AUGGCCGUCAUAAAACCCGAACUCUCUCUGCUCGAAAAAGCAACGUUGAUCCUCAGCAUUCUUCGCGUUCUGGGCGUUGGCCUGAUUACCCUCUUCACGGCUCUGUUCAGGGGAAGAUCUGGAUCCGCGAAGUACGGCAGUCAUGUCAAGCUUACUCUGCUGAGGACUUGGUUGAACACCGCGACGGUUCGGCAUCAACAGUAUUUACUCCCGGACCUCGAUGUAGCUUAUCCAGCGUUCGCCAAAGAGCGCGGCUUCCCCCCUAAGGAUGUCACGCUUCCGGACGGCACCAAAGCGUACUGGUUGGGUAGUCCUUCCGCAGAGAAGGUGAUACUCUGGUUCCAUGGCGGCGGCUUCAAUCUCCCCGCCGAACCCGGCCACCUCACCUUCGUCAACUCCCUCACCUCCCCCUCCGUCUCCGCCCUCAUACUCUCCUACACCCUCGCUCCACACGCCAUCUACCCACGCCAACUCCAACAGGCCGUGGAGCUCCUCCGCCACGUCAUCACCUCCCUCCAUCACCAACCCGAAAGCAUCAUCAUCGGCGGCGACUCCGCCGGCGGCAACAUAGCCGUGGGCAUACUAUCCCACCUCCUGCACCCGCAUCCUGAAAUUGAGCCGUUGAGAUUCGAAGACGGGGCAAAGCUGCGCGCAGCCAUCCUGCUCGCGCCCUGGGCGAGUUUCCGCCACGAUUGGCCGAGCAGCAAAAACAACACGAGCAAAGACCUCGUGACAGACAAGGUAGGCGAUAAAUGGAGCAUGGCGUUCCUGGGCGGGCAGAAGAGGGAGGGAUAUAACGAGCCAUUGGCUGCGGAGGAGGGGUGGUGGCUAGGGUUGGAGGGAGUGGUGAAGGAGUGUCUCGUUUUGGGGGGUGCGGAUGAGCUUUUAGCGGACUCGAUUCGGGAGUUGGGGAGACGGUUCGCGGCCGUCCAUGAGGGGGUGACGGUGGUGAUUGCGGAGGGGGAGUGGCAUGAUAAGCCCGUGACGUCGAGCCUCGGGAUGGGAGGGGAGCAGGAUGCGGCCAUCAGGAGCUUUGUUAAAUCACGGACUUGA